CCGCGUAGAUCGCGCCGAAUAUGAGCACUAUUUGAAUUAUUUAUUUAUUGGUUCAAUUUCAUUCACCCAAAAAACAUACUCUAGUGUAGCCUCAACUCACAUUACCACUAAUUCUUUAUAUAACCCAAACCCAAUCCAUUCCAUACAUUUCCACUCAAAAACAGAGCUUCAAGUUUGUAUUUAGCAGAUCCAAUGGCGCCUCUGCAUAUACUCUUCACAGUUUUUGCUGUUCUGGGUAGUGUUUCUUUGGUAAAUGCCGAAGACCCGUAUAAAUAUUUUACCUGGACCGCCACUUACGGAACUAUUUCUCCUCUUGGUAAACCUCAACAGGUUAUUCUUAUCAAUGGUCAAUUUCCCGGUCCGAGACUUGAUGUUGUCACUAAUGACAAUAUCAUCCUUAAUCUUAUUAAUAAGUUGGAUCAGCCUUUCCUCUUGACUUGGAAUGGAAUUAAACAAAGGAAGAAUUCAUGGCAAGAUGGAGUGCUUGGAACCAACUGUCCCAUCCCACCAAACUCAAACUACACUUACAAGUUCCAAACCAAGGAUCAGAUUGGAACUUACACAUACUUCCCAUCAACUUUACUUCACAGAGCUGCUGGAGGUUAUGGAGGGAUCAAUAUCUAUUCGAGACCUCGAAUUCCAAUCCCGUAUCUGUACCCUGAUGGAGAUUUUACUCUGCUCGUUGGUGAUUGGUAUACCACUGACCACAAGACUUUACAGGCAACUUUAGACUCGGGAAGUUCUCUUCGCUUUCCAGAUGGAGUCCUCAUUAAUGGCCAAACUCAUACAACAUUCAGCGGAGAUCAAGGUAAAACCUACAUGUUCAGAUUCUCGAAUGUGGGCUUGUCAACCUCCUUAAACUUCAGGAUUCAAGGCCAUAAGAUGAAGCUAGUUGAGGUCGAGGGAUCUCACACCCUUCAGAAUAUAUACGACUCUCUUGACGUGCAUGUCGGACAAUCCGUCUCUGUCUUAGUAACCUUAGAUCAGCCUCCAAAGGAUUACUACAUUGUCGCAUCCACCCGUUUCACUAAGCAAGUUCUCUCAGCAAAUGCGGUGUUGCACUAUUCAAACUCUCAGACUGCAGCCUCUGGACCUCUGCCUGCUCCUCCUUCCGGUGCAUUUCACUGGUCUAUGCAGCAAGCCAGAACUUACAGGUGGAAUUUGACAGCAAAUGCAGCCAGACCUAAUCCUCAGGGCUCAUUUCAUUACGGAACAAUAACUCCAACAAAGACAAUAGUAUUGGCCAAUUCAGCACCUCUAAUAAAUGGAAAGAGACGCUAUGCAGUUAACAGAGUAUCAUAUGUUAACGCCGAAACCCCAUUAAAGCUUGCUGAUUACUUCAAUAUCCCUGGAGUCUUCAGCACAAAUUCCAUCCAAAGCCUACCGUCGGAUGGCCCUGCAUAUGUGGCCACGUCUGUUCUUCCGACAAACCUCCAUGAUUUUGUUGAAGUCGUUUUUCAGAACAAUGAGUACACAAUGCAAUCUUGGCAUCUUGACGGUUAUGAUUUUUGGGCUGUCGGUUAUGGUUCUGGACAGUGGUCACCAAACUCAAGACAGAAUUACAAUCUAGUUGAUGCUCUUACCAGACAUACUGCACAGGUAUAUCCGAACUCAUGGACCGCCAUUUUAGUCUCGUUGGACAACCAAGGUAUGUGGAACCUGAGGUCUGCAAUAUGGGAGAGACAAUAUCUAGGACAGCAACUUUAUCUCAGGGUCUGGAGUCAAUAUCAGAGCCUUGCUAAUGAAUAUGACAUUCCGAGUAAUGCUCUUCUCUGCGGAAAAGCUGUCGGACGACACCAUUAGAUCAGCAAACUGAGCAAAUGGUAAUCUGUUUCCUGACCGAGUCAUGAAGGCUUGACUAGCAAGAAACAGAAUAGAGAUUAGAAAAAUGAGAAUGCAUAUUAUUUAUUUGAUUAAAAUGUUUAUAUAUCAAAAGUAUUUAGAUUUUUUGUUUGCUGUUCAUGAUGAUCGUUCUUAACUUUUGAAUGAUCUUUUUUUUUUUGAAGUUUGCAAAUUUGGCAAACAGAUAGAUUGGAAUAGAGAUGGUGUUCAGUUUGUAUUGUUGGUUUUGUAUUCUGGUUACAGUUUCAAUUUGGGAACUCAGUCAUGAGUCAACUCACAAUACUGAAAGAUGACUCAGUUCCAUUUCAACUUAUCCAAUUAAGUAAAUCCAUACCAAAUUUAUUUUGUGUCAA